UUUAUAUGACCUUAUGUGUAGUAUCAUGGCAGGACUUGUUGUCUUUUAUGUUUGAGAAUUGAUUUGUUGAUUUUGACUUUCAGCAACAAGUUGUAAAGAAAUCAACUUUACCUCAUGGUUCAAGCAUCCUAAAGUGGAAGUCAUUGUGCAGCACGACACGUAACAGAAGGACCGACCGAAACAGUUUUUACCCGGCGUUUCCCUGCUUUAUUUUUCCGUUUUUUUCUCAGUGUUUGUUUUUUGUUAUUUUGUUAUGGAUAACCCCGCCGUCCUCCUCCUUCUCCUGGAGCAGAGGAAUCGCUCUCUCGUGGACCACACUAGAGACUUCGUCUACCUCGCACCACUCACGCACUAUCCGGACAGCUGCCUUUGCACAUUCUACCGUGCAGGACUUAACAUCGCCACCAAAGCGCAGCUGUCCGGGGAUGGUCCACGAGAGAGCAUCGCCGAUUACAUCGAGUGGGUGCUGGUGUCCUGCAGAUCUUUGUUGACCGCGGAGGAUGACACCAGCCCCACUCAAGACCCAGAGCCCAGCCUACCAGCAUACCGACACACGGAGUUUGAGCCCGAGCCCACCGCAGAUGACGAGCCAGAGCCACGAGCGACAGAGCCAGAGAUCGCCACAGAGCCAGAGCCCUACACGUCCGAUCAGGUGCGAGAGCCGGCUACAGCUACCGUGACGGGGGAGUGCAACAUGGAGCAAGUGAGGGCUAUGGAGAGCCCUGCCCACUGCACCAUUGCUGGGGGUGAGCUGGAAAACAACUCUGAGGACUUAAUUGACACUUCUACUGAAGUUCUAGAAAAUAACUCUGGGGAUUUAAUAGACUUCUUUACAGAAAUAUCUACCUGUCAUGUUAUACCUGCCUGUAUGGAAUUCCCACCCACCCUCCCUCUUCUGCCUAUGUCAACGUCUGUCUGCUCACCGCUGUCCCCUGACAGCCCCUCUGCUCACCCUCAGCCCACCGCCUGUGCAGUGGGCUCGCCGUGGGUCUGCCAGCUUCCAUCGGUGUCAAGGCUGGAGGCUCCACCACGGCUCUCAGCGCCCUCGUCUCCAUCGUCGCCCAUCGGUCCACCAGCUCCACCGGGCUCCCUCGUCUUUCCGGCUCCGCCCUGGUCGGUCGUCGUCCCUCCGUCACCUCAGGACUCUGUUCCUCCGGCUGCGCCUCGUCACUCCGUCCCACCGGCUCCUAAGGACUCCUCCCUCCCUCCGGCACAGCCUCCAUCCGCCUACGUCUUGGUCGCCAGAGCCUAG